CGCCCCCGGCUCACGCGAGCUGGGUGUUUCCUGCCUCUCUCAGUCCGGGCUUGGAGACUCCGGCGUCCUCCGACUUUUCAUGGAAGAGAUGUCAGGAGAAAGUGUGGUGAGCUCAGCGGUGCCAGCAGCUGCUACCCGCACCACUUCCUUCAAGGGCACAAGCCCCAGCUCCAAGUACGUGAAGCUGAACGUGGGCGGAGCCCUCUACUACACCACCAUGCAGACGCUGACCAAGCAGGACACGAUGCUGAAGGCCAUGUUCAGCGGGCGCAUGGAAGUGCUCACCGACAGUGAAGGCUGGAUCCUCAUUGACCGGUGUGGGAAGCACUUUGGUACGAUACUCAACUACCUUCGUGAUGGGGCGGUCCCCUUGCCCGAGAGCCGCCGGGAGAUUGAGGAGCUGCUGGCAGAAGCCAAGUACUACCUGGUCCAGGGCCUGGUGGAAGAGUGCCAGGCAGCCCUACAAAACAAAGAUACUUAUGAGCCUUUCUGCAAAGUUCCUGUCAUCACCUCAUCCAAGGAGGAACAGAAACUUAUAGCGACUUCAAAUAAGCCAGCCGUGAAGUUGCUCUACAACAGAAGUAACAACAAAUACUCUUAUACCAGCAAUUCUGACGACAAUAUGUUGAAAAACAUUGAACUGUUUGAUAAGCUGUCUCUGCGCUUUAACGGAAGGGUCCUGUUCAUAAAGGAUGUCAUUGGGGACGAAAUCUGCUGCUGGUCCUUUUACGGCCAGGGCCGCAAGAUUGCUGAAGUCUGUUGUACCUCCAUCGUGUAUGCCACUGAGAAGAAACAGACCAAGGUGGAGUUCCCUGAAGCCCGGAUUUAUGAGGAAACCCUGAAUAUUUUGCUGUAUGAGGCCCAAGAUGGCCGGGGACCUGACAAUGCCCUCCUGGAGGCCACGGGUGGGGCAGCCGGGCGCUCCCACCACCUGGACGAGGAUGAGGAGCGGGAACGGGAGCGGAUCGAGCGCGUGCGGCGGAUCCACAUCAAGCGCCCAGACGACCGGGCCCACCUCCACCAGUGAGCAGGCAGGCAGACCCGAGCCGCCCACCCUCCCCCUCCUCCUCCCUGCUGUACACUCAGAUCGUGUUCAGGCUUCCGGGCACCUUCCACUUCCCCCGGAGUCUGGAGAUACUUUUGUAACAAGCCAGAUUAUUAUUUUGAUAUUUCUCAAUAAGGUGAUUGAUUGUCUUGACCCAGGUGAACGCACCCCCAUUGUUGAACAUGUCCAAGGUCUCUACUUUCCGUAAGAAUCCUUGGAGCCAGGCUUUCCUGGUUCUCAGAGGAAAAGUAUGAAUGGAUAUGAAGUGUACGUGAGAACUUUGAUUUGCAAUAUUUAUUUUUGUGGGUGUUGACUAGCUAUUUGAGCUUCUUGGGUGGUAUUCCCUUUGGGGUUCAUUUCGACAGCUCCAGGAGGGAUGCUGCAGUUGGUGGCCACCAGAGGUGUCUGCGAGCUCCCUAUUUCAUAUCCCUCCAGCCCAGUACACGGCACCCGCUUCCUGUACACCAGACGGGGCACGGUCCCCACAGCUUGCCAGAAGUCCAUUCUGCAACAGGAUUUUGCACCUAUAGCUUAUUGGUAAAUAAUUGCAGCUUGUAGCAGUGGAGAUGGGACCUGCUGAGCUUCGUGCCUUCAGUUGUUCCUAGCGUAGCUCUGGAUGCCUAGCUCUGUUUAAGGGGCCUUGGCGGCCCUGUGGUCUGGUGCCUGUUGG